AUGAGUUAAAGGAUCAUCCAAUUUGAAUAUCUGAACGAGAAACGAAAUGGAGGAACUGAUCUCGAACUUCAGCAAAACCCUAGCUCCAUUUUGCAAUCACCUCCAGAACACCUGCGAUGCUCUCAAGCAGUCCGUCGAUCGCCGCCCCAUUCCCCUUGAUUCGGCAUCAUCGACCUUCAUACAAUCUCUCAACCGCCGCGUGUCGACUGUUGGCGUUGAUCUCAACCUGCUCGAAUCAAUGUCCUUAGAAACAGUAUCCUUCGAGGAGCUACUGGGGCACGUCAGUGAAGUUUACAAGAAGAAUGAAAGCGAUCUGUUGGAGCUACAAAAGCAUGUAAAAGGCGUCGGAUAUGUUCCAGAAUUCGAGAUUGAUGAAGACGACGAAAUUUAUAACCAUGUAUCGACAUCUGGGUUGAAUUUUGACAUUUCAAGCCCCAAGGAUGGAUUGAGCGUACCGUCUUCUUACCAGAGAUCAGUCUCCACGACAGGACUUGCCAUGCAUAGUUUCAGAGAAGACAUACUACUCGAUGACUUACUAAGUUUACAAAAUGCUGGGCUCUCGGAUGUUUGUCUUGCCACUUUAGCAUCCGAAGGCAACUCUACGUUCGAUGAUCCAUAUGGAGAUUUGCAUACCCCAAAAAGAUUCUUAGAGAAACCACUCGACUCCAAAUUUCCAUGCCAAGUACAGAUUGUGGGGCUGUCUGAAGGGGAAGGUGAAGAUUACCUCACAUCCAAAGAAGCUAUUUCACCUCUAAUUAAGCUAUCAAAGGACGAUUUUGAAAGUCUCCCAUCAUAUAUGAAGAGCCUAGUAUCAUGGGAGGACCUCAUCGUGGCCGUUGAGAAGAUCAAUUCAUGUCUGGAAAUGAAAGCCAAGGGAAAAAACUAUAUCCUUCAAGACGAAAUUUCAUCUAUGGACCUUGGUCCCAAGGCGAGAUCAUUUCUGCUUAUAUUCGUGCGAAUGAAGCGGGUUGCUGUCGAGACGGUUGAUGGUCAGAUAUCCUACAGAGUCCUAUAGAGACUGAGAUAUGCCUCAAAAUUCAUAAGAUGCCCCACAGGUUUGUACGCCAAAUUUAUGCCUUUGUAUUGCACUGGACCUUUUUUUCUUUACUUGAGGAUCGAAUGCAAAGUUUUUAUGUAACCUUUACCUUUGGAAGUUAGAUCCAUUGAUCAUUUGCAGCGGUUUGCAAAGAAUUUGGAUAUUAAAUCUGUCUGUAUUUGAAAUAGUUUAGUCUUCGAAAUAUUGUUUGUUACACGAUGAUCAGGGGUCUUAAUUGAUUAUGAUGAUUAAGGGUUUCCUGAUUGAUUUUUUUUUUUCAACUACAAAAAAUGAGGUAGUAGAUUCAAACUCAUGACCUCCUGGUC